GUACCUGAGUUGUCUGUCACAGCUGAGCUACAUCCAAUCUCCACUUUGGAUUUAAUUGUCUUUAGCCAAGGGGCGGGCCCUGCUGUCAGCUCCACUUCUUGUGACCCGUGUCUGCAUAAAGGCAUUCAGUACAGAGGAAUGGUGACAGCUGAGAGAGAAGGACACUAUACAUAGUCGCAGCCAUGAAGGAAAUCAUGGCACAAAAAGAGAAGCUCCAAUGCCUGAAGGACUUUCAUAAGGACACCCUCAAGCCCUCACCAGGGAAGAGCCCUGGCACCCGACCUGAAGAUGAAGCUGAAGGAAAGGCCCCUCAGAGGGAGAAGUGGGCUAGUAAGCUCGACUUUGUCCUGUCCGUGGCCGGCGGCUUUGUUGGAUUAGGAAAUGUGUGGCGCUUCCCUUAUCUUUGUUAUAAAAAUGGUGGAGGUGCGUUUCUCAUCCCUUACUUCAUCUUCCUGUUUGGGGGUGGCCUACCUGUGUUCUUCCUGGAGGUUGCACUGGGGCAGUACACCUCUGAAGGAGGGAUCACCUGCUGGGCCAAGCUCUGCCCCAUUUUUACUGGUAUCGGCUAUGCCUCCAUCGUGAUUGUAUCUCUUCUGAACAUUUACUACAUCGUGAUCUUGGCAUGGGGACUCUACUACCUCUUUCAGUGCUUCCAGCCUGAGCUCCCUUGGGCAAAAUGCAAGCAGCCCUGGAACACUGAGCACUGUAUAGAGGACACAGUCCGCAAGAACAAGACCCUCUGGCUGGCAGCUAAUGCUACUAACUUUACCUCCCCUGUCACAGAGUUCUGGGAACGCAACGUCCUGAGUAUCUCCACUGGGAUUGAAGACAUAGGACCUCUCAAGUGGGACUUAGCUGUGUGUCUCCUGGCAGUUUGGAUUAUCUGCUUCUUCUGCAUCUGGAAAGGAGUCAAGUCCACUGGGAAAGUGGUGUACAUAACUGCAACUUUCCCAUUUGUGAUGCUAAUUAUACUACUGGUACGUGGUGUGACCCUGCCUGGGGCUGCUGAAGGGAUCAAGUUUUAUCUUUACCCUAACCUGACUCGACUCCAGGACCCAGAGGUUUGGAUUGAUGCGGGUACUCAGAUUUUCUUCUCAUAUGCCAUUUGUCUGGGAGCCAUGACGUCACUGGGGAGCUACAACAAAUACAAGUACAACUGCUACAGGGACUGUUUGCUGCUGGGAGGCCUCAACAGCGGUACCAGUUUUGUGUCUGGCUUCGCAAUAUUUUCCGUCCUGGGCUUCAUGGCACAAGAGCAAGGGGUGGACAUUGCCGAUGUGGCAGAGUCAGGUCCUGGUUUGGCCUUUAUUGCCUACCCUAAAGCAGUGUCCAUGAUGCCACUCCCAACCCUGUGGGCAAUCCUCUUCUUCAUCAUGCUGCUGCUUCUGGGCCUUGAUAGUCAGUUUGUUGAAGUGGAAGGACAGAUCACCUCUAUUGUGGAUCUCUAUCCAUCCGUCCUCAGGAAGGGUUACCGCAGAGAAAUCUUCAUAGCAGUGAUGUGUUUCAUAAGCUAUCUCCUGGGACUUGCCAUGGUAACGAAAGGUGGCAUGUAUGUGUUUCAGCUCUUUGACUACUAUGCAGCCAGUGGUGUGUGCCUUUUGUGGGUUGCAUUCUUUGAAUGCAUUGCAGUAGCCUGGGUUUAUGGAGCUGACAAUUUCUAUGACGCAGUUGAGGAUAUGAUUGGCUACAGACCAAACCCAUGGAUGAAAUGGAGCUGGACUAUUAUCACUCCUGUCCUCUGCAUGGGCUGCUUUGUCUUUUCCCUGGUGAAGUACAAGCCCUUGACCUAUAAUAAGGUUUAUGAAUACCCUGACUGGGCCAUUGGCCUGGGCUGGUGUUUGGCCUUGGCCUCCAUGAUCUGCAUCCCCAUGGUGAUGGUCAUCAAGAUCUUGCAGUCUGAGGGUCCUCUGAUUGAGAGGAUCAAAGCAGUGGCAGCACCGGCGAAGUCAGGCGUGAGCUCUCGCCCGAAAGAGUACAAUCUGAAGUGCAGCGAGCUGACACAGCCCCUGGACCCAAAUGGGAACAAUGGCUUGAUCAAGCCCACCCACACCAUUGUGGAAACAAUGAUGCACCGCUACUAGCGGGAAGACCGAGAGGUGUAUGUGGGGCCCCUUUAGGGACUUCUCCACUGGUCGACCACUGUUGCAAACUCUCCACAUUGUCACUGCUCUGUAGUGAUUCAUGGUUGGCCGGCCCUCGGUGGCCCCCAUCUGGCUGGGGGGCCCAAGCAUUUGCCUGUACGACUGUUGUCAAGCGGAGCCUCUGAUCAGACGUUUUUCCUUUACGUGGGCCCAAGGUGGGCGUGGUUCCCUGGGUCAUGUCCACAAGGCCCAUUGGAUAAUCCAGCCUUGAUGGAUGAGUGGAUGGCAUGAGUGAGCUGCACGGUGGCAUAGUGCUAUGUUUGGAUAACAACAAGCCUCACAGAAAGAAGGUUCCUGGUUGGAACCUUGGCUAGAACCUUUCGCUAUGAAGUUCUCCCCGUGCAUGUGUGGGUUCUCUCUGGGUACUCCAGCUCCCUCCCACAGUCCAGAAACAUGCAUAUUAAUUUAAUCGGCAUUGUACAGUCUCUCUAGGUUUGAGUGGUUGUAUAUGCAAUUGACUGGUGACCUGUGUACCCUACGUCUCCCCUGCAACAGCUUGGUUACACUUCCCCUCCUAUGACCCUGCAUUGGACAAAGUGGAUAUAGACAACAGAUGGAUGGAAUCGUUAUGAUCCCUUGUUACACUUCUUAAGUAUGCAAUGAUAAAUUAAAGCAUGAUUAUUAUAAUGAAUCAAUGGCCUUGUAAAAUACAAAAUCUAAAGGAACUGUUUUCCUAAAGCAUAUGCAGGACCCACUAUAGUACCUUGCUGCUGGGGCUACUUGGAAAUUGAAAUGUACCAAAGUAUUUUUGUCUCACAUUCAUCCCCUUCAAGAUGCACAUUGCAUCAUUUCUGUAUAGAUAAAAUAAACAGAUUUUUCUCUGGA